AACAAGACUCCCGGUCCUGGAGGCCGUACCUGCUCAACUACGCAAUUGGGUGAAAUUCCGGAUAUUACGAGCAUGCCUUCGACUCUCAUUCUUGAACCCAAAAAUGGUCAAGUCAUGGGAGCCGGAAAACCAUUCGAUAUUAAAUUCUUGGUGACCAAUAUGGAUCUCGGGAAUUUUGACGAUCCCAAUACUGAAUACAACAGCUUCGGUCAGCAAUUGACCAGGGAAGGCUUGAUCAAGGGACAUUCUCACGUCACUAUCCAAGAUUUGGGUGACGGUAAGAGGCCUCCAAAUGCCGAAAGUGUUGAUUUCUUCUUAGGUGUAAACCAGGAAGAUAAUAAUGGGUUGUUAACAGUCAAUGUCCCUAAUGGUCUUAAACCUGGGUUGAAGAGACUUUGCACAAUGUCUGGUAGCUUUUCACAUCAACCCUUGGUAAUGCCUGUUGCUCAACGAGGUUCUCAGGAUGACUGUAUCCGACUUUUCGUUAAAUAA